AUGUGUGGGAUCUGCUGUGUGGUCAGUUUGACCAAACCGCAUGAUCCACUGGAUAAGCAUGUCCAUGAAAAUCUCAAACACAGAGGGCCCAACUCUAGCCAGGACAUUACAGAAACAAUCUCAACCUGCAGUCUCCUGUUCUCUGCACAUGUGCUUCACAUGAGAGGUUGUCUGACACCUCAGCCUCUUCAAGAUGAUAAUGGAAAUAUGCUUCUCUGGAAUGGAGAGGUAUUUGGAGGCCUGAGAGUAGAUCUGGGAGAAAAUGACACCAAAGUUGUUCUCCAUCACCUGUCAAUGGCGCAGUGCGCCUCAGAUAUAGUAGCUUUACUAUCACAACUCAAAGGACCCUGGGCCUUUAUAUAUUACCAAAAAGUAGAGCACUGUAUCUGGUUUGGGAGAGACUUUUUUGGAAGAAGAAGUCUGCUUUGGAAAUUCGAUCCUGAAACAACAUCUUUCACACUUUCAUCAGUUGCUUCCCUGCCAGUAGAUAAUAUUCAGUCCCAAUGGCUGGAAGUACCACCUAGUGGAGUGUACAGGUUUGACCUAACGGACUCUUCACCUCUAGGGACAUUUAUAUUUGACCUUUAUCCAUGGGACGAAGAGCCAAAUGAAUUGAAAUGCGAAUGUCUUCCCAGAUCUGUCUCUGUAAACAUAAAUAGUUCCGGACUUUAUCUGACCUCCCCUAUUUGUCCAAUGAACACAUCCAUUUCAUCACUUACAACUGAACAAGAUCAGAAUGUUUCUCAAACUUCUGUUGAAAAUCUGAAAGAAUUCCUUACAAACUCUAAAAAGAAAGCAAUGGUUAGCGCGCUCAUUGACGUUCUAAGUGAGGCAGUCCAUAAGAGAGUACGGUACCUACCUACUCAAGAUGAAUUGGCGAUCCCCUUGAAUCAUACGAAAGCUGAUAUUGCCAUUCUUUUCUCUGGGGGAAUUGAUUCAAUGAUAUUAGCUGCCCUUGCUGAUAGGCACAUACCUGCAGACAAACCUAUUGACCUUCUCAAUGUUGCUUUCAAAAUCCAAGAAGGAAAAGUGCCUCCCAAGUCUUUAAAGAAAGGGAAAAAUAAGAAGAAAGACUGUGAUGCUGAUAAAAUGCAACCGGAUCAACAGAGCUUUAACUGCUUUGAUGUGCCAGACAGAAUAACUGGUAGAGCUGGUCUGCAAGAACUAAAAAAUCUCAGUCCAAAGCGCCAGUGGAACUUUAUCGAAAUUAACGUAACUCAAGAGGAGCUUAAAGAAAUGCGACAGAAACGCAUUUGCCAUUUAGUGCACCCUUUGGACACUGUUCUGGAUGACAGCCUUGGAUGUGCCAUCUGGUUUGCUGCAAGAGGAAUAGGAGUCAUAAAUGAGGGUGUUGAAGAAUUUUAUACUUCAGAAGCAAAGGUGGUUUUGACUGGCAUUGGGGCAGAUGAACAGCUGGCGGGAUACUCCAGACACAGGGUACGUUUUAAGAACUCAGGACUGGAAGGACUCAUCAAAGAGCUGGCUAUGGAACUGGGACGAAUAUCCUCAAGAAAUCUUGGAAGGGAUGACCGAAUCAUUGGGGACCAUGGAAAAGAGGCCAGAUUCCCAUACUUGGAUGAAGAUGUAGUCAGUUUCCUUAACGGACUACCUUUGUCGGAGAAGGCUGACUUGUCUCUACCUAGAGGAGUUGGAGAAAAGCUAUUACUGAGGUUAGCAGCUGUUGAGUUAGGAUUGGGACUCUCUGCUCUCUUGCCUAAGAGAGCCAUGCAGUUCGGUUCCAGAAUCGCCAAGUUAGAGGACAACCAUGAGAAGGCCUCGGAUAAGUGCAAAAGGCUUGUCGCUACAUAAUUUAAUAUUCUGACAGUUGUCUUUUCUGGUUCUGUUCUUUUUAAUAUGAACAUACUCCUUAAAUGAUUGGUUUGGGGCAUUGGGAAUGAGUACAACUAACCCAUUUAUGGCAAUAAGUCACAAAAAACAAAAAUUGAAAGCCAG